GGGAUGACAUCAUGCGCCUCUGUGGUGUCUAUUCAUCCUCAUUAGCUUAAUGCCUCUGCUGCUUCUUUACAUUGAUCACACAUUCACGUCUUCUUUUCAUUCAUUCACAUUCAUUGCUUCAUUUUCUGUCUCUUGCAUAUUUAAUAUCAAGCAGCUUUUAUUCUCCCUUUAUGUCGUCUUUUUUUUUCCCCUGUCAUUGUCACACGAGCCCUCUUGUGUGUGGAUGAGGGCAACUCCUCAGACGACAAAGAACAGUUUACCCAUUAUCCCCCAGAUUUACACUGCUCCGAGUGACUGCCGCAGCAGGAAUAUGGAGAUCGUGUUGUGGUUCUUCUUUUCUUGGCGUCCACGGCACUUUCACACGGGUUGUUUUUAGGUGACGCUUCUCCCGUGUGUCCGGAUAAGCACAAUCAGCUGUUUUGUCACCAGGCACCGUCAUGGAGCAGGUGCUCAGUCAAGUGGAAAGCUGCUGGGUCUGAGGGAUCAGGUGUCUCUAAACAGAGCAGCCUCCAUCGCCCAAACCGCCGACUAAGCUGGACUCUGUUUAGUGAAUGCGUUUGUAAUGUUUAGUAUGAGAUGAGCAUGUGAUGCUGUGCGAUGAGAACACGUUGAAUCAACAACAAGGCUUUUGCAUAAGAGAAAUAAUUUAUAACGGCGUCUGUUGUCAGGCCACAAUGAGCAUAAUAAGUAUUUUCAUGAACUCCUUCCUUUGUACCAGACAUGAUGUAACUUUACUGUACAUCCUCACCAAGAACAGUUCAGAGGAUCCACAGUAACAUAAAUAUAUUAUGAACAAUCAAGUUUGGAGCUGGAAUCGUCUUGUUGAUCAUUCUUCAAAAUGUUUCAUCUUCUUUCAGGAAUAUCUGUACAUUUAUGCUCUUGGUUCGUUCGAUUGGCCGUUGUUGAUAUUAUGCAUUUUUCCCAGUAAAUCCCCGGAAUGUGAGACCAGGAGGUCCUGACUAAGACAGGCGCAGUGGGAUUACAGUCAACACGGAGCGAGUUUGUGCUGCAUGGGCUGAUCUGGGAGCCCUCACCCAGACGCUGCGUGGGAGCACAUCACCUUCCUGCUUGUAGUGAAAACAAACGGGCCCAUUUAAAUGGCAGCGCACGACAGAGCUUGUUUUAGUGGGAGUGGAAGUGGGUUCGCAGAGGAACCUGUCGCUGGCCUGGUGCUUUUAUCCAUCGUCAACAUGGCUGAGUCUAGUUUCCCGUCACCAGAAGACCUUUACUGCUCCCUGUGCAUGGAGGCCCUCAGGGACCCCGUCACUAUUCCCUGUGGUGAUGCCUACUGCCUGGAAUGCAUCAAGGUCUACUGGGACCAGUUUGAUCACAUGGGUUUGUACAACUGCCCCCAGUGCCGUGCAACCUUUACUCCACGGCCUGCGCUGAGGCGCAGCCUGCCCGACGUGGACCCCGAGCGGCGGCGCCGGCCCGCGGACCUCGCUCCCUUCCCUCACAUGCACCGCGAGUCCUUCUGCGACUUCUGCGUGGGCCGUCGCAACAAGGCCGUGAAGUCCUGCCUCGUGUGCCUGGCCUACUACUGCGAGACGCACGUCAAGCCUCACUACGAGUCGACCACGUUCAAGAGGCACAAGCUGGUGGACGAGACGGGCCACCUGGACCGGAAGAUCUGCCCCCAGCACGAGAAGGGGCUGGAGCUGUUCUGCCGCUCCGACCAGAUGUGCAUCUGCGUGCUGUGUACGGUGAGAGAGCACCGCAGCCACAACAUCACAUCAGCCGAGGAGGAGCGCAUCGAGAAGCAGAAAGUGCUGGUGGUCACACAAUCUCAAGUCCAGCACAUCAUCCAGGAGAGGACGAAGGAGCUGCAGGAGCUCAAGCACAACGUGGACGUUCUCAAGAGUUCUGCCCAGCGAGCGCAGGCGGAGAGCGACAAGACGUUCCACGAAAUGCUGCAGGCGGUGGAGCGCUGGAAGGCUGAAAUCCACCAGCUGAUCAUGGCCAACAUGCAGUCGGCCGCGUCCCAGGCCGAGGGCUACGUGGAGCGGCUGGAGCAGGAGGUCCUGGAGCUGCAGCGCCGAGACGCCGAGCUGCGGCAGAUCCUGGAAACAGAGGAUCACAUUCACUUCCUGCAGAACUUUCCGGCCCUGUGUGUUCCGCCUGAGGCCAUGGUUCCCAAAGUGCUCAUCAACCCCCAGUUUUCCUUUGGGGAGAUGAGCAAGACAGCUGCAGAAAUGAAGGAGCAUCUGGACAACAUCUGUAAAAAGGAACUGAGUCAAAUCUCCAAGACAGUUGGUGAAACCCCCAUAUACAUACUUUUGCCAAGGAAUGGAGACAAACAGCUCAAAGUUCCUUCCACAGUCGAUUUCCAGGAGCCAAAAACCAGAACAGAUUUUUUGAGAUACUCCUGCCAGCUGUCCUUCGAUCCAAACACCGUGUACAAGGAGCUGGUUCUCUCCAAUGGAAACCAGAAGGUCGUCCGCAAAAAGACGGUCCAGUUUUACCCGGAUCACCCGGAUCGCUUCGACGGCUUCUCCCAGGUGCUGUGCAGGCAGCCUCUGCACGGUUUCAGGUUUUACUGGGAGGCCGAGUGGAGCGGCGAGUUCUCCAUCGGCGUGGCCUACCGGAGCAUCAGCCGCAAGGGCAAGAACGCGCACAGCCUGCUGGGAUACAAUGAUAAGUCCUGGAGCCUCCUGUGCUCAGACUCAGGCUACUCCGCCUGGCACAACCGGGUGGACAGAGACCUUCCGGAUGCUCACAGGGCCUCUAGGAUUGGCGUGUACCUGGAUUACGCGGGCAGCACUGUGGCCUUUUACUCCGUCUCAGACGCCAUGGUGCUGAUCCACAGGUUCAAAGUUCAGUUCAACGAGCCGUUGUACGCGGGUUUUGGUGUGGGCUCCUCCGUCACUCUCUGUCAGCUGAAGCAGAAUGCAACGUCUUAAGUGUUUUUAACACAGCCUAUGAUCGGCAACAGAACAAAAACCACUGACUGGAGGAGUGACAAACCCAUUUGUCUAGGGGCAGGUUCUAUUAAAUAAGUAUAAUAUAUGUAUAUACUGUAUAUAUAAUACAUGUAAAUGUUUAAUUGUAGCAAAUUUAAUGAGGUAAUGUGUAAAUAAAUAAAUACUGUACAUUUUUAAAUAUGUUGUGUUAUAGUAUUUUAUCA